AUACAGCGAGAUGUUGGCAAAUCCUGCGUGCCUUUUCUCGCUUGACAACCGGCGUUUUAUCAAUACCUGGUGUUCAGUUCGGAAACUGAAACUGAUUAAUGGCUGAAGUGAAGUGAAGUGAGUCAGUGAACGAAAAAUGGCGAAGAAGGGAGGAGUCCAGCAGCUCCAGGCGGACCUCGCCUCUGACGAGGAGUUCGAGAAGUUCCUGCAGCGAUCCGGACUGCUGGUACUCGACAUAUACUCCGAAUGGUGCGGACCGUGCCUGGGAAUGGUGGGCAGCCUGCGGAAGAUCAAGCUCGAAUUGGGAGGCGAUAACCUGCAGUUGGCCAUCUGCAAGGCGGGUUCCAUAUCCUCCCUGAAGCGAUUCAACAAGAAGAGCGAACCGACCUGGAUGUUCGUUACGAAUGGCAAGGCAAUCAACAUCAUGUUCGGCACGGACGUGCCCAAGCUGGUGGCCAUGAUCACCCGGAUGCUGCAGUCGACGAUGGCCAAGGAGUCGCACGUGAGCUACGAGAUCACCGAGCUGCAGCCGAUGGAGCUGGAGCAGCUGGAGGUGCGCAACAAGGCGCUGCGCCUGGCCGAGGAGAUCGAGCUGGCGGAGAGCAGGCGCAAGAGGCUGGAGUAUCUGCACAGCGUCACCGACUGCAUCAUGGCCAACCUGCCGGAUAUCGGGAUCACGGUGUUCGGACCGCAGGUUAAUCGCGACAUGUUCAAGAAGCUCUCGGAGCCCGCCGAUCCCCUGAAGAUCCAGUGCAAGGACCGCAAGGUCUUCGCCAUUCUGCCCAGCGACAUGGCGACGGUGAACUUUGCGGCCGAGAAUCCCUUGGCGCCGGAGGUCAUCCAACUGCUCUACGACAAGGAGCUGCUCAUGUGCUUCUGGAAGGUCGAGGAGGUGCUCGGCACACCGCCCACCGUGCUCCGCCAGUACGCCCACGAGCUGACCAAGGAGACCAUCAAGCCGCCCGAUGAGUUCAACGAGGAGGAGAUCACCGUGCCGCCCAUGAUAGUGCCGCUGGAGGUGAGCGUGGAGAUUCCGGAGCCAGAGCCAUCGGAGGAGGACCAGGAUGCUGAGCAGCUGCCCGAGAUUAAGAGCGAAAAUCUAGGGGAAGGCAAAGAGGAGGAAGAACAGGAGGCGGAACAGGAAACGGAAGAGGCCCCGCCUCCAGCCUCCAAGAGCGAUCAGAAGAAGACCAAGACCAUCCGGAUACCUCCGAUCUGGGUGCCCAGUGACCAGCGCACCCAUGCAGCCCUCAUCUACACCUACUUUCGGGCCCAGACCUCGACCUUCCUGCCGCCAGAUCCUGUGCCCGAGCCCCCGCACAUCGUGAUGAUCUUCGACGCCUACAAGAAGAAGGACCUGGCCCUGCUCCUCGAGACAUGUCGCGAGGAUAUUCCGCUCUACGGCUUCUUCAACGGCGACAAUCCACAGACGGCGGUGUUCAUAGCCAACUCGGUGGAUAAGUACAAUGCCAAGCCCUAUGUGCCCACCGACAAGAUCGUUUUGAAGGUCAACAAGGUGGUCAACAGUCCCACCAUUCCCACUCUGAUGGCCUACGGUCCCAGCUACGUCAGCAACAACUCGGUGAUGGGCCACAAGGAGGCCACCCAGUUCUUUCCGGCCAACUACAAGUCCGCCCUGCAGGAGGAGGAGGAACUGCACGCCGUCAAGGCGGAGAAGCCCAAGAAGCGCAAGAAAAACAAAAAGGGAGGAGAUCCCGAGGAGAGCAGCAAGGCGGACGCCGGCAAUCUAGCGGAUGCCCAGCAGGAGGCGGAUGAGGCGGUGAAGACCUCGCCGGAGGAAGGCGCCUCCACGACCAGCAGCGGCGAGGACAGCUGCGAGAGUCGUCCUGCAACGGCCGAUGGCGCCAAUCCCGAGGGUACUCAGGCCACUUAG